AUGUAUCUGGACUUCAUGGAGGAAUAUGCGUCAAUGGGCCAUAUGUCCUCUACUGAUAAUAGAAUUCCAGAUGGCCCACACUAUUUCAUUCCGAACCAAUGCGUGCUGCGGCCUCAAAGCACCUCAACCAAGUUGAGAGUGGUGUUCGAUGCCUCAAGCCGCACAUCGACGCAGGUUGCGUUGAAUGAUAUCUUGAUGGUAGGCCCCACUAUUCAAGAGGAGCUGUAUUCGACGCUACUUUGGUUCAGAAUGCACAGGUUCGCCCUUGCAGCGGACAUUAAAAAGAUGUAUCGCCAAGUGAUGCUGGACGAAGCUGACCGAAACUAUCAGCUCAUAGUGUGGAGACGAGAUCCCUCUGAGUCUCUGAAGAUCUUCAGGUUCGUGAGUCGUCGCGGGAUUCCGGAAAAAGUGUGGUGCGACAACGCGACCAACUUCGUCGGCGCGGAUCGACAUCUGAGAGAGUUCCGGGCCCGUCUGGAGGAGCAGGGGGCGGUAUCGAAGCAUUCGCGUCAAAAAAAAGGAUGCGAGUUUGCGUUCAUACCGCCCAGAGCACCUCACUUCGGCGGUAUAUGGGAAGCAGGUGUGAAGUCUGCAAAGCACCUGUUCCUUCGGACGGUCGGUCACGACCUCUUGACCGCGGAGGAGCUCGGAACUCUCCUCGCCAGCGUGGAGGCGGUGCUGAACUCAAGGCCCAUCGGAGCGUUAAGCAGCGACCCCAGCGACGGCGAAGCCCUCACCCCCGGACAUCUCCUGAUCGGCGGCCCGCUAGUCGCACCACCACCGUCGGCACUCCCGGACCAGAUCAGCCCGACCUGCUUGCGAAGAUGGCGCAGUGUCUCGUCGCUCAGGCACAGGUUCUGGCAGCGAUGGUCCCAGGAGUACGUCUCCAGCCUGCAGACGAGGCAAAAGUGGUCCAAGGAGGUCCACAACGUCGACGUGGGAGCGCUCGUCGUCGUCGGCGAGGACAACCUGCCGCCCCAGCAGUGGAGGAUCGGGCGCGUAGUAGCGGUGCACGUCGGCGCUGACGGGAAGGUCCGAGUGGCGGACAUCAAGACGGCAGAUGGGGUAUUCAGGCGAGCCAUCCAUCGGCUGGCUCUUCUUCCAGCGUUGUCCUGA